GCGAGGACGGAGGCGGAGGCCAAAGGGGACUGUCCACUGGUCGGUGCGGAGAGGCGUGCGAAAGCCAACUCGAGCCCCCGAGGACCUUGCUGCCCCGGCCCGGCCGCCAGCCACAGCCUUCUCUCUAGCAGCAGAGGCUGCGCGGCGACCCCCCAUCCUUCCACCGCCCCUGCCCACCCCACCUCCCGCAGCCUUCCUCCUCUCAGCUUCACGCCCGGCCCGGCCCGGCCGCGGCCCUCCUCGGUGCCGGCAGCCAUGGCAGAGGCGUCCGGCGCGAGGGAAAUCUAGCCCGGGGAUUUCAUGCGGCCUAGCUCGGUUCCGUCUCCUCCCCCCGCAGCCCCGGCGGCUGCCCGCACCCCAGCCCCACUCCGGGCCUCCGUGUCUCUCCUGUGAUCGUACUGACACGGCCGGGGGGUUAGAAUGGAACAAACUGAAGGCCCGAUGAGAGAAAGGGAAAGUUAAGGAUGCUGGAGCAGAACAAUGGAUUUCUCUUUCUCUUUCAUGCAAGGGAUCAUGGGAAACACAAUUCAGCAACCACCUCAACUCAUUGACUCCGCCAACAUCCGUCAGGAGGAUGCCUUUGAUAACAACAGUGACAUUGUUGAAGAUGGUGGCCAGACACCAUAUGAAGCUACCUUGCAGCAAGGAUUUCAGUACCCACCUACAACAGAAGAUCUUCCUCCACUCACAAAUGGCUAUCCACCAUCAAUCAGCAUGUAUGAAACUCAAACCAAAUACCAGUCAUAUAAUCAGUAUCCCAAUGGAUCAGCCAAUGGCUUUGGUGCAGUUAGAAACUUUAGCCCCACUGACUAUUACCAUUCAGAAAUUCCAAACACAAGACCACAUGAAAUUCUGGAAAAACCUUCUCCUCCACAGCCACCACCUCCUCCUUCGGUACCACAAACUGUGAUUCCAAAGAAGACUGGCUCACCUGAAAUUAAACUAAAAAUAACCAAAACUAUCCAGAAUGGCAGGGAAUUGUUUGAGUCUUCCCUUUGUGGAGACCUUUUAAAUGAAGUACAGGCAAGUGAGCACACAAAAUCAAAGCAUGAAAGCAGAAAAGAAAAGAGGAAAAAAAGCAACAAGCAUGACUCAUCUAGAUCUGAAGAGCGCAAGUCACACAAAAUCCCCAAAUUAGAACCAGAGGAACAAAAUAGACCAAAUGAGAGGGUUGACACUGUGUCAGAAAAACCAAGAGAAGAGCCAGUACUAAAAGAGGAACCUCCGGUUCAGCCAAUAUUAUCUUCUGUUCCAACAACAGAAGUGUCUGCUGGUGUUAAGUUCCAGGUUGGCGAUCUUGUUUGGUCUAAGGUGGGAACCUAUCCUUGGUGGCCUUGCAUGGUUUCAAGUGAUCCCCAGCUCGAGGUUCAUACCAAAAUUAACACAAGAGGUGCCCGGGAGUAUCACGUCCAGUUUUUUAGCAACCAGCCAGAGAGGGCGUGGGUUCAUGAAAAGCGAGUACGAGAGUAUAAAGGUCAUAAACAGUAUGAAGAAUUAUUGGCUGAAGCAACCAAACAAGCCAGCAAUCACUCUGAGAAACAAAAGAUUCGGAAACCCCGACCUCAGAGAGAACGUGCUCAGUGGGAUAUUGGCAUUGCCCAUGCAGAGAAGGCAUUGAAAAUGACCCGAGAGGAAAGAAUAGAACAGUAUACUUUUAUCUAUAUUGAUAAACAGCCUGAGGAGGCUUUGUCCCAAGCAAAAAAGAAUGUUGCCUCCAAAGCUGAAGUUAAGAAAACCCGAAGACCAAGGUCAGUGCUGAAUACUCAGCCAGAACAGACCAAUGCAGGUGAGGUGGCCUCCUCGCUCUCAAGUACUGAAAUUCGGAGACAGAGCCAGAGGCGGCACACAAGUGUGGAAGAAGAAGAACCACCUCCUGUUAAAAUAGCCUGGAAAACGGCCGCCGCGAGGAAAUCUUUACCAGCUUCCAUUACAAUGCACAAAGGGAGCCUGGAUUUGCAGAAGUGUAACAUGUCUCCGGUUGUGAAGAUUGAACAAGUGUUUGCUCUUCAGAACGCUACAGGAGAUGGGAAAUUUAUCGAUCAAUUUGUUUAUUCAACGAAGGGAAUUGGUAACAAAACGGAAAUAAGUGUCAGAGGACAGGACAGACUUAUAAUUUCUACACCAAACCAGAGAAAUGAAAAGGCAACUCAGAAUAUAUCAUCUCCUGAAGCAACAUCUGGUCCUACAGGCUCAGUAGAAAAGAAGCAACAGAGAAGAUCGAUUAGAACUCGUUCUGAAUCAGAGAAAUCCACUGAGGUUGUGCCAAAGAAGAAGAUCAAAAAGGAGCAGGUUGAAACAGUUCCUCAGGCUACAGUGAAGACUGGAUUACAGAAAGGUGCCAGCGAGAUUUCAGAUUCCUGUAAACCUCUAAAGAAAAGGAGUCGCGCCUCAACUGAUGUAGAAAUGACUAGCUCAGCAUACAGAGACACAUCUGACUCCGAUUCUAGAGGACUGAGUGACCUGCAGGUAGGCUUUGGAAAGCAAGUAGAUAGCCCUUCCGCUACUGCAGAUGUAGAUGUUUCUGAUGUGCAGUCCGUGGAUUCAAGUUUGUCAAGAAGAGGUGUUGGAGUCAGUAAGAAGGACACUGUGUGUCAGAUCUGUGAAAGCUCUGGUGACCCUCUGAUUCCUUGUGAGGGAGAGUGCUGCAAACACUUUCACCUGGAGUGCCUGGGAUUGGCAUCACUCCCUGAUGGAAAGUUCAUCUGCGUGGAAUGUAAAACCGGACAGCACCCAUGUUUUUCGUGUAAAGUGUCUGGUACAGAUGUGAAGCGUUGCUCUGUUGGUGCUUGUGGGAAAUUUUAUCACGAAGCCUGUGUCCGCAAAUUCCCCACUGCCAUCUUUGAAUCAAAAGGAUUCCGCUGUCCUCAGCACUGUUGCUCUGCCUGUUCCAUGGAGAAAGAUAUCUACAAAGCAAGUAAAGGUCGCAUGAUGCGAUGUUUGAGGUGUCCGGUAGCCUAUCACUCCGGAGAGGCUUGCAUUGCUGCCGGCAGCACAUUUGUAUCCUCCUGCAUGCUCAUCUGUAGUAAUCAUUCCAAACGGAGCACCAGGGCUUCCUCGGCCAUAAAUGUAGGCUUUUGUUUCGUUUGUGCAAGAGGGCUGAUAGUUCAGGACCAUUCAGACCCCAUGUUCAGUUCAUAUGCCUAUAAGUCCCACUACCUACUGAAUGAAUCAAAUCGUGCAGAGUUGAUGAAAUUACCUAUGAUUCCUUCUUCGUCAGCUUCCAAAAAGAAAUGUGAGAAAGUUAUUAAGACUAUUUAUUUGUUUCAAGGUGGAAGAUUGCUCUGCUGUGAAUCGUGCCCAGCUUCCUUCCACCCGGAAUGCCUGAGCAUAGAAAUGCCAGAAGGCUGCUGGAAUUGUAAUGACUGUAAAGCUGGCAAGAAACUACAUUACAAGCAGAUUGUUUGGGUCAAAUUGGGAAAUUACAGAUGGUGGCCAGCAGAAAUCUGCAAUCCCAGGUCUGUGCCACUGAACAUCCAGGGCCUUAAGCAUGACUUGGGGGACUUCCCUGUGUUCUUCUUUGGUUCUCAUGACUACUAUUGGGUACACCAGGGCAGAGUGUUCCCUUACGUUGAAGGAGACAAAAGCUUUGCUGAGGGACAGACUAGUAUUAACAAGACCUUCAAAAAAGCACUGGAAGAAGCUGCAAAACGUUUCCAGGAAUUGAAAGCACAAAGAGAAAGCAGAGAAGCACUAGAGAUUGAAAAAAACUCAAGAAAACCUCCUCCUUACAAACACAUCAAAGCUAACAAAGUGAUAGGAAAGGUACAGAUCCAUGUUGCAGACCUGUCUGAGAUUCCCCGCUGCAACUGCAAGCCAGCCGAUGAGAACCCGUGCGGCCUGGAGUCGGAGUGCCUGAACCGCAUGCUGCAGUACGAGUGCCACCCGCAGGUGUGCCCGGCCGGCGAGCGCUGCCAGAACCAGUGCUUCACCAAGAGGCUCUACCCUGAUGCCGAGAUCAUCAAGACCGAGCGGAGGGGCUGGGGCCUCAGGACCAAAAGGAGCAUUAAGAAGGGCGAAUUUGUAAAUGAAUAUGUUGGCGAAUUAAUUGAUGAAGAAGAAUGCAGAUUGCGAAUCAAGAGAGCCCACGAGAACAGUGUAACUAAUUUUUAUAUGUUAACUGUUACCAAGGACCGUAUAAUUGAUGCUGGCCCCAAAGGAAAUUAUUCUCGCUUUAUGAACCACAGUUGUAAUCCAAACUGUGAAACACAAAAGUGGACAGUGAAUGGAGAUGUUCGAGUUGGACUUUUUGCUCUUUGUGAUAUUCCUGCAGGGAUGGAGUUAACGUUUAAUUACAACCUGGACUGUCUGGGCAACGGCAGAACCGAGUGCCACUGCGGCGCAGAGAACUGCAGCGGCUUCCUGGGCGUGCGGCCCAAGUCGACGUGUGCGUCAACAGCCGAAGAAAAGGCCAGAAAUGCUAAGUUAAAGCAGAAGAGGCGAAAAAUCAAAGCAGAACCAAAGCAGAUGCAUGAAGACUACUGUUUUCAAUGUGGAGAUGGUGGAGAGCUGGUCAUGUGUGACAAAAAAGACUGUCCCAAAGCAUACCACCUCUUAUGCCUUAACCUGACUCAGCCACCAUAUGGAAAGUGGGAGUGCCCGUGGCAUCAGUGCGAGGAGUGCAGCGGUGCGGCCGUCUCCUUCUGCGAGUUCUGCCCACGCUCAUUUUGUAGAGAGCAUGAGGCGGGCGCGCUGGUCCCCUCUGCUCUGGAAGGCCGGCUCUGCUGCUCGGAGCACGACCCCGAGUCUCCUGUGUCGCCAGAAUCCUGGAGCAAGAUCAAAUGCAAACUGGCAUCACAAGAUCACGGAGAAGAACUGAAAGAAUAAAUGGGUGGUGAUUUCUCCUUUUUUUCUUUUUGUUAUUGAGAUGAAAAAAAGGAAAAGAAACAAGUGACUCGAUGGCACGUUAGUGGGAGAAAGCUGCCGCUGCGCCGACCAGGGCCAGCGCGUGCGGGCAGAAGCAGUUGGCCGUGUCUGUUUUUCUGUUUUGUUGGGUUGGGGAUUUUUUUGUGGCGGGCCAAAGUCCCUUGGUCUUCUCUUGCCUUUUAUCAUGCUUCCAUGCCCUUACAGCGGGAAAAAGAGAUGUCUUCGCUUUUAAAAUAACGAAGAGAAAAAGAAAUUUUGUUAAUGAGAUACAUUUAAAGUCUAGGAUGUGUUCCUUGGGUGUAAAAAGCAAAAGUAGCCCUGAUUCCUUUAUUUAUUUUCAUUUUUUAAAACUUUGGAGAAGUGUAGUUCAGAUAGUCUAUUCAGUGUACGUGUGCGUGUGUGUUUGAAGUAGCAGUUGGAGCAGGCCCUCUAGAAAAGGUUCUGGUGAUCUUUAUAUACCUCUUUGCUGAGCAGUAGGUAGGCUCACUUCUCUUUGCCUUCCAAACACUUUCAUAGUCUUAGAGAAGGGCUCCGUGGGAGUAUUGAAUCUGGCCUCUUGAAAACAAGAUGCCUCAGCGGAUUUUACCUCUGUGGUCUGAACCUAGCUGGGCUUUAUGAUGUGAUACCUUUACUUAGAAAGGUAUAUAAUGUGGUUUUUGGUUUUGGAGAAAAACAGAAAUGGGUGCCCUCACUGAGUUUGAAAUGUUCUCCAUUGACAGUGGACAUUUCUGAUGAGGCGUGUUUAUGUGGAUGUGAAUGCAGAGUUAGAAUGGUUGUCCCUGUUGCUCUGACACGUGGACAGAGGCAGCUAAAGGGAGAUGAAAGGCCCAGAGCCGGAGUUGGAUCAUUCAGGCACCGUCCUCUGCGCAGUGUAACGGGGCCCCUACCCUAGUCUGACCUGGAGGGCGUUAUGGCCAUUUCCUUCCCUGUCUCUGCUUCCCUCUCCGAAUCAAACAUUCCCACCCCCACCCCCCACCCCCGCCCAGCCGAGUUUCCUGGUGAAAAUGUCACAGGCGAAUCAGAGUUGUAUCUGAGUAGGUCUUUUUGGUUUAGUUCUUCUUUUGGGGGCGUGGAAGGGGUAGGGGUAUCCCCCUGUUAUAUGUAAACAAUUUCUAUUUAGUAUUCUCUACUAAUUAAAAUCACCCCCACCGAGGAAGGGGAAGCGCUUCUACAGGGUAUGUAAGAGCCACACAAACACACUUCAUUUUAGGAAGCACUUAGGGAAGCUCCCAAGAAAGCAGUGUUAGCAAAAAUGGUUGGGACGCUUGGAUCUCAUAGAUGCAAGUGUAUCAAGAUGUGUGCCCACAAAAUUCACUUGCAUUUAAUGCUUCGGAAUAUGUAUAUUCCAGUAUUCCUUGUAUGAAGUAAAUAGUAAUGUCAGACAUUGUUGUCACACUGUACUAAGUAGAAGUCUAGGGCUAGCUUGAAUGAACGUUAACUUUCUCUGUGAAUUUUGACUGCUUACAAUUGCUGGUACCUGGUGGCAUUUAUUUUCCCUCAAGAAAUACCUAGGAACCUUAUGAAGGGAGGGAGGGUAGAUGCUCGGCCACAUUCCUUCCGUUGUGUUAUGUGUGUUCCUUUUUUCUUAUCAAUUUAGAGUUCUUCUCUGGAAAAAAAAAAAAAAAAGCUCUUUUGUGCCUCUCUCUCUCUCUCUUUUUUUUAAUGUAAAUGUGCAAUUGAACUGGAUUUUCUCUUGUAAAAAAACAUAAAACAAAUCACACUACAAUUCCUUUACUUAAGCUCCUAAACUGCCAUUUGCCUGAUUCCAGCAAUUAAUUCUGAGGUAACUUAUUGAGCCUCCAGGAAUUCUCUUGAUUGGAUAUGAUCCCAGGAGAAACAGCAAGAUGGAAAAUGCUGUGCAUGUUACCCAAUCAGAUCGCUGCCGGUGACGUGCAGCACGGUGCGCUGGGACACUAAACUUUGUUCUUGAGCAGUUAGAUAGCUGGAUGUCCUUUUAAAAAUAAUUUAAGAAAAUCUAGGUUUUAUCCUACUAAAACUUUAUUUUAUAUAUAUAUAUGUGUGUGUGUGUAUAUAUAUAUGAGAUAAAUGUUUGCUUUUUUUAAACUUACUAACAUGAAGGAUUUCCUUUAACAUUCAAAAUGUAACUCUCUCGCUGAAACCGUAUCCCACAUGAAAUCUUACCUCCUUGCUUUGUUUUGGACUUUGUGCUGUUUAACACCUGAUGACUUUUAUAUGGUAAGCCGGGUACGUGCUGUGUACCUACAGACACCUUAGGUUUCAGUAUUUUUAUGCAGCUUCUUCAUCGUGUCACAUUUUGUUGGUGUUACAACAGCUCUGCUGAGAUUUUUUAAUCUUUUUGGGGGGUUGGGGGUACCUAAUAGGAUCGUUCUGCCAUUGCAGAAAUCAGGGUGAAAACAAAAUAGCUAACCAUAGCUCUGGAGUCUUCGUCCAGGAGUGCUCUUUAAUGGUCCGGAAGUGACUUGAGCCCCGCCAGGGCCAGGGCGCUCUCCUCACAGCUCCGGGCUGUCACCGCCCACCUGCUCGGUGCAGGCUGUGGAAGCAGAAGGGGGAGAGAGGGCCGUGCUUCCUGCGUGCAUUGCGCACACGCACUGCGCUUGCCCGCGCUUCACCAGCGAGACGGUCAGAGGACGUGUGGCUCGCUCUUAGUCUGUGGUUGCUAUUUGUUAGCUUGUAAAUCUGCAUGGUCAGAGCAAAAAUGGUUGGGUUUUAUUCUUGUCCCAAAAUGAAAUAAUUUAAAGCAUCAUGGGAUAAUGGUGGGUUCUUUUUUUAGCCUCAUGUUAAUUCUUUGGAAGAAGAAGCGAAUGUAAAAUUUUUGAUAAUCGGCAUAAAGCUUCAGAAACCAGAUGGGUAACAACUACAGAGGAAAUCCCGGGCGGCCUUCCGGGCAUGCGCGGCGCAGGCGGGGGCUGGCGGCCCCUCAUUCCUGGAAGGCCGGCCCGCCCGGAGGGAUUCACUUCUUUAAUAGCUAAUCAGGGCUAGAGUCAGGAGGGAGGUGGGGUUUAUUUUCACUUUUAUUUUAACAAGUUCCUACUCUACCUUAAUUCUUAAAAAUGAUCUGGCCUAAGCUAUAGAAUAGGCCGACUUUUAGAAUCACUGAAACUGGGAGCUCUCUGUGUGUUCAAGUCAGGAACAAAUGUAAAAACUAAAAUAAUAAUAAUAAUAGGGGGGUGGCCGCUCCCAGCUCCCUUCUGCCAUUUCCACAUAAUACUUGGAAACAUGCUUGUAAAUAAUGUUUUGGAAUUCUGAGAUAAUCAUGUAGAGGACUCUCAGAGUGGGCAGGCUGUUGGACAGGUUUCUCUCCCGGUUCAUGAAGUAGUUUCCUUUCGGCCUCAUCGCACGGUUUGGGUUCCAGUCAGGGCCAGGGCCAGGGCGAGGGCGAGCGCUGCAGUCUGGACGGCAGAGAGCAGCCUACAGAGCCUGGUCUCUGGACACCCCCCCGCCCAGGGUCCUUCAGCAUUCACCUUGAAGUCAGGGCGCUGCCAGCUCCCAACAGGAUAAGAAAACAGGUGGCCGCGGAGCCCUGAGGGCUUGGGAAGCUCACCGGGGAGGUACCUCUGGCAGCGCAGACUCGACUUCCCAAGUUGGCCAAGUUGCUGCAGACACAAAGUGAUCAUUUGGAACGAUUUCCGUUGGCCUCGGACCGCUUACAGUUGGUCCCCGGUUAUCUGUAAACCAAGAGUAGAACCCGCCUCCAUUUUCAGCUAAGCUGGGGAACAGAUCUGAUUAGACGGUUUUGCCAUGUAUUAAAGAAGAUUGAAAAGUUGGAAAUGUGUAUAUACUGAAAUCUACCAACUUUUCCCCGGGGCGGGGUACAGGGAGAAAAGGGGGUUAGAACAGGGUGAGGGAGGGGGAAUGAUGUUUACCACAGGUACGAAGUAGUCACUUUAACGCUGAGACCUCUGCCUCAUUGAAUUCAGGUUUUUUAAGUACUUGAAACUCUUCAGAUUCCCCUUAUUUUACAGUUACUUUUAAACUUAUGAAGUAGAAAGCAUUGUUUUGUAUACUGUUUUGAAAACAACCUAGUCUCUUGUCCUCUUCAACUUGGAUUAAAGGCAAAGUUCUGCAAAUGGGAGAGAGUGUCCACAGCAGAUAGCUCAGAUUUCAUGUACACAUUCGGGAAGAGACUCUUGCAUGAAAUACCAGCAGCCUUUUUAUGAGUAUUUCCCACAUGUGUUCUUUAUUUUGUCAUUUUGUCAACCCUAUCCCCAUGCACCUCUUCUUUCCUUUUAAUAUAUAUGCCUGUGUAGGGAAAAAACAAAAAUUUGCACUUACAUUACACUCCUGAAACGCAGGGUGUAAUCUGUGUGUUUCAAAAACCAUUUCCGUUCUUUUCUCCGUCAGUCCAUUGCUUAAGUGACAAGUUCAGAUGGGGGGGGGCGGGGAGCGGCCUGCCCUUCUGUAGCCUGUGAAAGUCAGUUAUGCGUAAGAAAAAGGGAAAAGAUGAACAGUUGCCAAAGUCAUUUAUUCGGUCCUUAGUUUUCUUAUGUGACCUUCCGCAUCUGCAAAUUGGCAAGCGAGCCCCCUCGGGUGCCGGCCACAGACCUGCGACGUGUGCACGAGGCACGGUGUCCCUCAGAUCACCGGGCCGAGGUAUGUAUGAGGUGUUCUUGUCAGGUUAGGAGUGGACUGGAUACAAUUUACUUUUUUACUCUGUUGUCAUUAAUGUUGCUCUUUUAUCUCAUUUGUGCUGUCACAUACCCUCUGUUAAAAAGAAAAUCACAUUGCCUCCGAUGACCAAGAUGCUAAAUGAUGGUUACAGCCGGCUAAUAAGAUCCUUUUUCUAUACAAGGGUGUGUGCACAAUUGGAAUUGAUACGAGAAAUUCAUUUGUAACCACUUGUGAUAUUGCACAACAAACACAGAUACCUACAGAUUGUUUUCUUUUUCUUGUGAUCUUUAUCUAUGAUAAUGACCUUUGUAGAUUGGUUAUUUCUGUACUUUGUUUAUCUGUAAUAAACUUUGUAGAUCCUGUGAAAUGUUAUUUUGCCUAAAUCACUCGAGACUUGAGUCUUUAAUAACAAAGCAUCAAUAUUCACUAAAGUCAAUCUCUUUUGAGUUUCUGUGACUUGGCUAGAAGCUCUUGACACUAAGGGAUUAGUGUUCAUUUUCCCUGGGGGGUGUUCCACUAGGGCAUUACUGUAUAAUGACUUGAUGUUUGCCACAUAGACUUCAAGAUAUAUGAUAUUUUGGGGAUUUUGUUGAUUGGCCUAUGUUUUACUGCAUAGUGUGAAACGUGUAAAGCUUGGUUAACCUGUAUAUAGAUAGCUUACUGUUGACUAGUUAUAGUGUAUUUAGGAUUGCCUGUAAUUUUAAGCUUCUUACUACUGUGUGUGCUGGUAGGAACAUAAAUUUUUGUACAUUAUAUUUACUGAGAUGUUGCCUUUUUUUAUUUUACAAAUACUUUGGAAUUCAAAUGUGUUUUUUGCUUCCGUGAGGAUUAAUUUGGAAAGGUUCUUAAUGACAUUCCACUGAGUUCAGAUUUUGCUUGAGAUUGACUUCAAUAAAUUGUCCUGUAUGUUCCAAAUUAAA